AGAUCCUAAAAUUCGAUAAACAACCAAAAUGAAGAAUAACGAGGAUUUAGACGAAAAUUCCGAUGCAAUUUUCGAGGAAUGGGCAGCUGAGUGCACUCCCGACGCGCAAAAAGAGCACGAAGAGCUCGAGGAGAUUGUCAAGAUUCCAGAUUCGACAUACAGAAAAAAGAAAGGAAAUCAAAAGUUGCCGACGGUGACGACGUGCGAAGUAUGUGGAGUUGCGUUGAAAUAUCCAUCGAGGAUUAUGGAACACAUGAGAACUCACACAGGCGAAAAACCAUACGAAUGUGACAUUUGUGGAAUGAGAUUCACUCAAAGAACUCCAAUGAUUAACCAUUUUCGUGUUCAACACAUGGGUGAUCUCCCAUUUCUGUGUAAUUUCGGUUGUGGCAAACGAUUUGUGAAUAAUUCACGCAGAACUGCACACGAAUUAAGCCAUAAUGGAUUGAAGCGAGCAGGACCGGCACGGCCUUAUCUGAAACCAGUUAAAAAGAUUGUUUGUCCAUCAAUGGAUAUGGAUAUACUUUCAAAUUCUGCACUAGCUAAUUAUAUAUCACCACCAACGAUAGACUCAAUAUUUCAAAGUGAUCCAUCAACUUCUUCCUCUUCACCUUCUCAAUUUCAAUCAUCAAAUCAAACAACAAAACAAUCUAUAUAUCCAUCAGAAAAAGAAAUGGAAAAAGCUGCAAUAUCUAAUGCUCGAAUUGAUGACGUUAUUAAUACAGUAUUGGCUCGAGUUUUGGCUCCGAUUGAUGAAGAAAUUCCGAUCGAAGAACCAGAAAAAGCUCCUCAGAAAAGAGCAUAUAUUUCAAAUCGAAGAGCAACACUUGCACAAUGCAAUAUUUGUGGAUUAAUGCUUAAACAUCCGAGCAAAAUUGCUGAUCAUAUCCGAACACACACAGGCGAAAAACCAUUUGAAUGUGGAGAAUGUGGCUUGUCAUUGUCAAAAGCGAGCUCUUUAAAAGUACAUAUUCGUCGAAUGCAUACUGGAGAACGUCCAUUUGAAUGUACUUGGAGAUGUGGAUUGUCUUUUGUAACGGAUUCUGUUAGAAAAGAACAUGAAAUGACUGUACACACUGGUAUAAAACGUUACACAUGCGUUGUAAAAGGAUGUAAUGCAGUAUUUGCUCGUCGUGUAUAUCUCAUGAGACAUCGAAAAAAUGCACAUCCCGAGCUCUUCACACCAAUUUUCGAUCAUGUUCAAGUGAAUCACGAGGAAUCACAGGAUUCAGUUAUUGUUUAUGAAGAUGAUCAUGAACAGAACAAUCAGAUUAUAAUGCUCACUGGUGAUGGUGAUGACGUCAAGAUCUUGGCUCAUUUUGAAGAUGAUGAAGAGGAAUUUGUGGAGCAAGGAGGAAGCAUGGAAGAUCAAAAAACUGUUCAUUUUUGACCAGAAACUUGAAAAAGCUCUUUCAUUUUCCAAUAUCUAGGCAACUUAUAGGGUAACUAGCAUUUUCUACUUCAUAUAUUCAGUUUUCUAUUCCACCCAGCAAUUAGUUUUUAAAAUGGAAGAGUUAUUCAAAUUUCAAAUUUCUAGGCCACUAUUAAAUUUUGCAUUUUUUAACCAUUUUUUUCAUUCAAAUUCUAGAAAAAUUGUGAGAAUUAAUUCUCACAAUUUUCAGUUUAUUUUGGUUAACCUACGAGUUUCUUUUUGCUUCUUUUUUUAAUAAAGAUUUUUUUUC